GUCUCCCUGACACCUCUCCCCUCUGCUCCCCUCCAGGACAUCCGUAACACGGUGGGAAACAUCCCCAUGGAGUGGUACCAGGACUUCCCACACAUCGGCUACAACCUGGAUGGCAAGAAGAUCUACAAACCCAUCCGGAACAAGGACGAGCUGGACAUGUUCCUGGAGAAGAUGGAGAACCCUGACUACUGGAGGACGGUGCAGGACAGGAUGACGGGGGCGGACGUGAAGCUGACGGACGAGCAGGUGGAGCUGGUGCAGCGCCUGCAGAAGGGGCAGUUUGGGGACGUCAACUUCGACCCCUACGAGCCGGCCGUGGACUUCUUCACCCACGAGGUCAUGAUCCACCCGGUGACCAACCGCCCUGCAGACAAGAGGAGCUUCAUCCCCUCCCUCAUCGAGAAGGAGAAGGUGUCCAAGCUGGUCCACGCCAUCAAGAUGGGCUGGAUCCAACCCCGCAAGCCCCGGGACGACACCCCCACCUACUACGACCUGUGGGCCCACGAGGACCCCAACUCCAUCCUGGGCCGCCACAAGAUGCACGUCCCGGCCCCCAAGCUGAGGUUACCUGGGCACGAGGAGUCCUACAACCCCCCCCCCGAGUACCUGCUCAGCGAGGAGGAGAGGUUGGCCUGGGAGCAGCAGGAGCCGUCGGAGCGGCGGCUGAACUUCGUGCCGCGGCAGCACCGGUGCCUGCGGGCCGUGCCCGCCUACCCCCGCUUCAUCCACGAGCGCUUCGAGCGCUGCCUCGACCUCUACCUGUGCCCUCGGCAGAGGAAAAUGCGGGUCAACGUGGAUCCCGAGGAUCUGAUCCCCAAACUGCCGAAGCCGCGGGAUCUGCAGCCCUUCCCCACCACCCAGGCCCUGAUCUACCGCGGGCACUCGAGCCUCGUGCGCUGCCUCGGCAUCUCCCCCAGCGGGCAGUGGUUGGUGUCAGGCUCUGACGACGGCUCGGUUCGGUUCUGGGAGGUGGGCACCGCCCGCUGCAUGAGGACCCUGCCCGUGGGCUCGGCGGUGAAGAGCGUGGCCUGGAACCCCAACCCCACCCUCUGCCUGGUGGCCGUGGCCGUGGAUCAGUCGGUGCUCCUGGUGAAUCCCUGCCUGGGGGACAAGCUGCUCUACGGGGCCACGGACCAGCUGCUGGAGUCCUUCGUGCCCCCGGAGGAGGAGCGGGUCCAGCCCGUCCAGUGGGUCCCGGCCAGCGCCGAGGAACACGGGAAGGGGAUCCGGCUGAUCGUCCAGCACGGCAAGCCGGUGAAGCAGGUGACGUGGCACGGCAAGGGCGACUACUUUGCCGUGGUGGUGAGCGACGCGGGCAGCCGGCAGGUGCUGAUCCACCAGAGCAGCAAGCGCUGGAGCCAGGCCCCGUUCCAGAGGAGCAAGGGGAUGGUCCAGUGCGUCCAGUUCCACCCCACCCGGCCCUUCUUCUUCGUGGCCACCCAGCGCUGCGUCCGCGUCUACAACCUGCUCAAGCAGGAGCUCACCAAGAAGCUCAUGAGCAACUGCCAGUGGGUGUCCAGCAUGGCCGUGCACCCAGGAGGUGACAACGUGAUCUGCGGGAGCUACGACAGCAAACUGGCCUGGUUUGACCUGGACCUGUCCACCAGACCCUACCAACUGCUCCGGCACCACCGCCGUGCCCUGCGCAGCGUGGCCUUCCACCGGCACUACCCACUCUUCGCCUCCGGCUCCGACGACGGCACCGUCAUCGUCUGCCACGGGAUGGUCUACAAUGACCUGCUGCAGAACCCGCUGCUGGUGCCCGUGAAGGUGCUCAAGGGCCACGUUCUCACCCUGGACCUGGGGGUCCUGGACGUGCUUUUCCACCCCACCCAGCCCUGGGUCUUCUCCUCGGGCGCCGACGGCACCGUCCGGCUCUACACGUAGCUCAUCCCGAGGGAUCCUGGCCCUGCUCCUCAUCCCGAGGGAUCCUGGGGCCCUGCUCCUCAUCCCGAGGGAUCCCAACCCUGCUCCUCAUCCCGAGGGAUCCCAACCCUGCUCCUCAUCCCGAGGGAUCCCGGCUCCUCAUCCCGGGGGAUCCCAACCCUGCUCCUCAUCCCAAGGGAUCCUGGGGCCCUGCUCCACAUCCCGAGGGAUCCCAGCCCUGCUCCUCAUCCUGAAGGAUCCCGGCCCUGCUCCUCAUCCUGAGGGAUCCCGGCCCUGCUCCUCAUCCUGAGGGAUCCCAGCCCUACUCCUCAUCCCGAGGGAUCCCAACCCUUCUCCUCAUCCCGAGGGAUCCCAACCCUGCUCCUCUUCCCGAGGGAUCCCAACCCUGCUCCUCAUCCCGAGGGAUCCCAACCCUGCUCCUCAUCCCGAGGGAUCCCGGCCCUUCUCCUCAUCCCGAGGGAUCCCAACCCUGCUCCUCAUCCCGAGGGAUCCCGGCCCUGAUCCUCAUCCCGAGGGAUCCCGGCCCUGCUCCUCAUCCCGAGGGAUCCCAACCCUGCUCCUCAUCCCGAAGGAUCCCGGCCCUGCUCCUCAUCCCGAGGGAUCCCAACCCUGCUCCUCAUCCCGAAGGAUCCCGGCCCUGCUCCUCAUCCUGAGGGAUCCCAACCCUGCUCCUCAUCCCGAGGGAUCCCGGCCCUGCUCCUCAUCCCAAGGGAUCCCGGCCCUGCUCCUCAUCCCGAGGGAUCCCGGCCCUGCUCCUCAUCCCGAGGGAUCCCAACCCUACUCCUCAUCCCGAGGGAUCCCAACCCUGCUCCUCAUCCUGAGGGAUCCCAGCCCUGCUCCUCAUCCCGAGGGAUCCCGGCCCUGCUCCUCCUCCCGAGGGAUCCCAGCCCUGCUCCUCGUCCCGAGGGAUCCCGGCCCUGCUCCUCAUCCCGAGGGAUCCCGGCUCCUCAUCCCGAGGGAUCCCGGCCCUGCUCCUCAUCCUGAGGGAUCCCAACCCUGCUCCUCAUCCCAAGGGAUCCCGGCCCUGCUCCUCAUCCCAAGGGAUCCCGGCUCCUCAUCCUGAGGGAUCCCGGCCCUGCUCCUCAUCCCGAGGGAUCCCAGCCCUGCUCCUCAUCCUGAGGGAUCCCAUCCCUGCUCCUCAUCCUGAGGGAUCCCGGCUCCUCAUCCCGAGGGAUCCCGGCCCUGCUCCUCAUCCCGAGAGAUCCCAUCCCUGCUCCUCAUCCCGAGGGAUCCUGGGGCCCUGCUCCUCAUCCCAAGGGAUCCCGGUUCCUCAUCCCGAGGGAUCCCAGCCCUGCUCCUCAUCCCGAGGGAUCCCGGCCCUGCUCCUCCUCCCGAGGGAUCCCGGCCCUGCUCCUCAUCCCGAGGGAUCCCAACCCUGCUCCUCAUCCCGAGGGAUCCCAACCCUGCUCCUCAUCCCGAGGGAUCCCAGCCCUGCUCCUCGUCCCGAGGGAUCCCGGCCCUGCUCCUCAUCCCGAGGGAUCCCGGCUCCUCAUCCCGAGGGAUCCCGGCCCUGCUCCUCAUCCUGAGGGAUCCCAACCCUGCUCCUCAUCCCAAGGGAUCCCGGCCCUGCUCCUCAUCCCAAGGGAUCCCGGCUCCUCAUCCUGAGGGAUCCCGGCCCUGCUCCUCAUCCCGAGGGAUCCCAGCCCUGCUCCUCAUCCUGAGGGAUCCCAUCCCUGCUCCUCAUCCUGAGGGAUCCCGGCUCCUCAUCCCGAGGGAUCCCGGCCCUGCUCCUCAUCCCGAGGGAUCCCAACCCUACUCCUCAUCCCGAGGGGUCCUGGCCCUGCUCCUCAUCCCGAGGGAUCCCAACCCUGCUCCUCAUCCCGAGAGAUCCCAUCCCUGCUCCUCAUCCCGAGGGAUCCUGGGGCCCUGCUCCUCAUCCCAAGGGAUCCCAACCCUGCUCCUCAUCCCGAGGGAUCCCAUCCCUGCUCCUCAUCCCGAGGGAUCCCGGCCCUGCUCCUCAUCCCGAGGGAUCCCGGUUCCUCAUCCCGAGGGAUCCCAACCCUGCUCCUCAUCCCGAGGGAUCCUGGCCCUGCUCCUCAUCCCGAGGGAUCCCGGCCCUGCUCCUCAUCCUGAGGGAUCCCAGCCCUGCUCCUCAUCCCGGCCCUGCUCCUCAUCCCGAGGGAUCCCAACCCUGCUCCUCAUCCCGAGGGAUCCCAACCCUGCUCCUCAUCCCGAGGGAUCCCGGCCCUGCUCCUCAUCCCAAGGGAUCCCGGCCCUGCUCCGGAUCCAGCACCCCCUGGGAGUGGGGCAGGGCUGGGACCAUCACGGUGGGACUUUCCCAGAGCUGGAGACACCACGGUGGGACCCUCCUACCAGGACCACCACGUCCCACCGGGACCCUCCCGGAGCCCGGACCCUCCCGGGAUCGUCGCUCCCGCUCCGGAUUCCCGGGGCUCAUUAAAACUCCUCUAGAUACAA